AUGAAACUGCCGUUCCUACUAUUCCUCAUCUGCUCAACGCAAGCAUUUCCCGACGGAGCACCGUCCUCAGCAUGUAACUCCCUUGCACCCUUCCACGGAGGUGGACUGGCAGCUCAGAAAGGACCGCCACAGUAUUCCAUCGUAUCUCGACUGCAAAACGACGUGGUCCAACUCACCGUAGGCUCGACGCUAGGUCUUAAAUUCCAGGGAUUCUUAAUACAAGGCCGAACGCCGAACGGAGAAAUAGUGGGGACAUUCCAAUUACCAGGAGGUACACCAGCGCAUGCUUUCGACUGUAGACACGCUGGAGAUUCCGUUACGCACAACAAUCCGACUCCGAAGGACCAUUUAGAUCUCAUUUGGGUGCCGCCUGUAGGAUAUGAGGGACCUAUCAUUUUCAAUUCAACAAUAGCUCAAGAUUAUAGUACCUUCUGGGUGGGCAUCCAAUCGCAACCAGUCCAGAUCCGUAAAAGAUCCGUUCCUGCCGAUUCAUUCUACAGCGGUUGUGGUGUGACCAAAUAUUGUUACGGAGCCCCCAUCGAUUGUGUAAGCAGCCAAAACUGCAAGGUGGCUGUUGCAAUAACUUCCGUUGGAGAUGCUUUUGACUUUGAGAUGAAAGCCAAUGGGAACCCGGUGUGGAUGGGAGUGGGAUUAUCGGAUGAUGAUAAAAUGGGAGACGAUUCCGUUGUGGAGUGCGUCAAAGAAGAUGGAAGGGUCAAUGCUUAUAUGUCUUGGACAGGACGGGCUCCUUUUAGGGCUACAAGAUUGGAAAAUCCCCAACUGGGAAUCAAUCUUCUCAACGCAAGCGUUAAUGGAGAAGAAUUUUAUUGUAAAGUUCGACGAGACACCGUUACCAAUGUAAAAGGAAACAUUUUUGAUCUCAGAAAGAAUUCUUUCCAUGUAUUAGUUGCUUCUGGAAGUGAUCUUAAAACUGGAUCAGUUGGUUUCCACAACUUAGCAUUCCUCGCCAGCCCUGAUCCGCAGGUCCUUUCACCCAACUCCCAAUCCAUAUUCAACAACCGACCAACAACAGAAACCACCACUCCUCCAUAUUUCUCUCCACCCGCAUCCAAAGAACAGGCCUUCGAGUACGAUCCCUUCUACAAAGGAUGUGGAAAUGACAAGCUGUGCUUCGGUCAUCCCGUCAAUUGCAUCAACUCCGGAAACUGCAUCGUUGCCACAGCUGUUACGGUUACUGGAGAUAAGUAUGAUUUUGAGGUGAAGUCUCGAGCAACUGAAAAGGGAACUCCCAAAUGGGCAGGUGUAGGUCUAUCACUCGACGCUAAAAUGGGAGACGAUUCCGUUAUUGAAUGUGUCAACGACGGGAAUGGUUUGAAGGCUUACAUGUCGUUUACUGCUGUUAUGCCUUACAAAGCUACAAGAUUGGACAAUCCACAACUUGGCAUCGAACUUCUUAAUUCAAGUAUUGUUGACGACACGAUUUACUGCAAAGUUAGACGAAAUAUAGUUACCAAUGUAAGCGGAAUAACAUUUGACUUGGUGAAUAAUAGGUAUAAUUUGUUAGUUGCAACUGGAUCCAAAAUUAGUCCGACAUCUGUAGGUUAUCAUGACCUCGGAGUUUUAGCAAGCGCUGAUGCACUGGCAUUAGCAGAUACGGGAGAAGUAAAAGCAGCUUCCAAGUUGUUGAUAAAAUUGCACGGAUCGUUUAUGUUGGUUGCAUGGAUAGGAACAGCUUCACUGGGAAUUAUAUUAGCCAGGUACUAUCGACAGACGUGGGUUGGAACUACUAUAAUGGGAAAAGAUAUGUGGUUUGCGAUGCAUCGAUUUUUCAUGGUUUUGACGUGGUUGUUUACAAUGGCAGCUUUUGUACUAAUAUUUGUAGAAUUAAAGGCCUGGUCUCCAAAUAAUACUCACGCUAUCUUGGGUACAGUUACUACGAUUUUGUGCUUCUUCCAGCCGAUAGGAGCCUACUUCAGGCCGCAUCCUGGAACGUCAAAAAGACCAAUCUUUAACUGGGCUCAUUGGUUGGUGGGUAAUAGUGCGCAUAUUAUAGCAAUUGUUACAUUGUUCUUUGCGGUUGGACAGACAAAAGCAGAGUUACCCGAACAAGUUGAAUAUAUCCUUGUAGCCUACGUGGUAGUACACGUGGUGGCACAUUUAUUGUUGUCGCUUUUAUACUGCGUAUCAGAAAAAUCAUCAGACAGUAGAGUUUCUUCGUUCCCGAUGAAGGAUCUUGGGGCAGGUGGAAGAAAUUCCCAUUAUAAUGAAAGAAAUUUGGACGCCAGGUUUUCAACCGCAAGAAAAUGCAUAUUAGGAAUAUAUAUUGUGAUAGUAGUAGUGCUAGUAGUGGGCUUAGUCCUCAUCACUGUCUUGGCACCCGUCCCAUGGCCAUUUUUAAAAAAGAACUGA